CGGGAAACGGGGAACGGGGAACGGGAAAACGGGAGAAGUACGGGAGGGAGACCAGGCACAAUGGCGGGACCCUGGCCCCACCCGGCAUUCCCAUUCCCUUUGUUUACCCGAUACUACUAAUUACUUCAGUCCAGCGCUGUAAUCAUUCGACCAUCCAUUCCAUAAUAGUACUUUGCGACUAUACUAUGGACUACUUAGUAUGCGCAUAAUAUUAUAUCUCACUCCAUGUCGCAACGAGCUUCACUCAAAGCUUGUGAAUGUGGCAUGACAUGGCCUGCAUGCCUUAAAUCUACCCACGGUCCUUGGCAGGCUAAUUAAAUGCUUUCCAAAGAAGAUAACGAUGGGACUCUCAUCUCAUGGUAGCCUUCCAUUUUUUUUAGCGCAGUCAGUCUACCAGCAAUCAACAAGUGUGGGAUAACCGUUUGCCCAUCCUUCGUUCAAAGUCGUGGGGUAAAUAAGGCCGAGGAGGAUAGGCUAGGUAUGGAUCCAUUAGCAUGCAUCAGUCAACCUCAGAAUUGAAGAAGGAAUAUCCGGAUAUGCAGUCAGACUCAGCCGCCGUCAUUGGCCAGCGGUCAGCACGCCUCAAACAGAAUAUGCAAUCCAAAUGCUCGUCGUAUCCAGAGAUCUCUUCCACUACGCACGCCUCUCAACGAUUCUCGAUUGCCGAGCGUAGCACCGCGCGACACAGCGUGCGUGCUGGACAGAGACAAGCAGCCACUCGUCCACGCAUCCACGCUCAGGUGCAAACUCUUCACGUCAAGUGUUCCUUUGACCAGGGCUUUGCGACCCGUUGCGUUGCUAUGUUUGUCGCCGUGAGCACAGCGAGGUACAAACUCCACAUGCCCGCCAGGAUAUUCAUCGGCGCGACACACUCCCUGUCUCCUCCAUCCUCCAUCCUCCACCCUCCCCCUCCCCCUCCCCCUCCCCCCUUUCGCCACCACUCUGCUGCACUCGAGGUAAAACUUGUGGCUCUCCGGCAAUCGGCGAAGAUCAGCCAGACGCACGCACGAGAACCAUGA